AUGUUCACCAAAUCCAAAGACGACUGGCUCCUCACCUGCCGCCAAGUCCAACGUUUCCGCUCUGAUCUGCUUGCGCCGCUACCGGGUCCAGACGAGGCUGAGUUAUUCAAGACGACACUCCCCUCAAACGUUCACGAUGAGAUUAUCCAUAUUUCCACGCCUUCCCCUUCUCUAGUCCUCCAGGCAAUCAAAGACCUGUGGCGAUGCUUAACAGCGAUAUGCAGCUGGCUCAAGGGCUGCUGGCCACGAAGCCUCCGUCCACUCUAUACCCUCACAUUGUGCGCCGUACUCUACGCCAUCGCCACAUUUGCCGCCCGCUUCCUGGACCUCAUCUCCAGCCCCCUAAGCAACCUCUGUCUCGUCUUCGCCGGCGGCUUCCUCCCCACAUUCCUCCUCCCAGGCCCUGUGGCCCCCGUCGUCAGCGCCGCAGCCAUCGGCCUCUCUGCCGUCGUAGAGUGGUGGACUCACCGCCGGGCGUCGUCGUCUCGCGAAAAGCCGGCACAGCAUUAUCAGUAUCCGCCGCUGGAGAUGGUGUGGCCCAUUCCGCGCGAGGAAGCCGCCGUCAUCCCGGUGUAUCUGGGCACCAUGAAGGCUGAUCUGGAUCUGGAUCGUCGACUGGACGACGAGUUUGAUCGCGGCAUUCAAGAAGCCAACACCUACAGGGGGCUGAGCGAGCAUGUCAUGCGCGGCAUCCAGGCGAGCAUCAAGUCACAGUACAGCAUCCUCACGUCUCUGCAGGCGAACAUCGACACAGCCAUCGCGGCCGCGGAGUCGCUAGCACAAGGCAAAGACAAGGACAAGGCGCUGCGACGAGCGAAGGCGCACAGGAGGCAGAUGCUAGACCUGGUGCAGAGCAUGAUACAAGCCCGCAACGAGCAUCUGCCAUCCAUUGCACGAGAGCGCGAGAAGGUCUCGCAGGGAAACCACCCGGGCGCCAUCUGCAACGUCAAGACGAACCUGGACAAGCUGGGCGAGCGUAUGUGCAAACCGUCGCUGCGGUCACAGGCGGGCUGGAACCAGAUUGAAAGAGCCAUUCAGGAUAAUCUAAAGAACCUGGCGUAUGCGCAGAGCCGUCUGCUGCACAAGCAUGAAGACGACGCCGAAGAGUUUGAGAUGGUCCUUGCAAGAGAGGGAAGGGCUUUGAUAGAUGAGUUACACAAGUUGGCCAAAUUCGGUUACGGCCGAGAAAGAGAGACAUAUCAUCUUAAGAGAGCAGGCAUUUUCUUUGUCUCAAAGGUGGGAUUUGCACUUCACCUACGCAGCUGCACAGCUGCACAAUGGAAUAUGCAAUUUGUUUUCCCUCUUCAUGUUGACUGCAGUCUCUUUUCUUGGGCUAAAACUAACCUCCGACCUGUUUCACGCACUUGCUACUCAGUCUCAACAACAGCCCUCAUAGACAACACGCCAGAGGCCAAGAGCGAUGUCGAAAUGGUGGAGGACUUGGAAGACGAUUUUGAAGAGUUUGAGAAUCGCCAUCUGCAACAAAAAAGCCACCGACGCCCUGGUAAGUUCUCGCUUGUCUCAUGUUUCUCAUAUCCCAGCCUGCUAACCAAGCCAACCAACUUCCACCACAUCCGCGGCACAUAUGUCCCUGACGCGAUCCGCGACAACGCUGUUCGCGUUUUCUGGACAGCACACGACCGGCAGCUGAUAGCGGCGCAUCUCGCACGCCACAAACUACAGCUGGGCAACUGCAGCGUGGAAUACCUGCCUGAGCUGGUGACUGCCCUCGGUCUGGAGGAGCGCUGCAGUCGCAGUCCCGAGUAUCACAGCGUGGUCAACCGGAAGCUUGGCGGAGCGCUUCCUUUUGUCUUGAGGAGGAUGGCCAAAAAGGGGCAUGUGAGAAUCACCGACAGGAAGCCGCACUCGGCCAUCUGGAAGGCGUAUACUGAGGACUGGGCGGUAGAGGGCUGGGACGGGGAUAUGACGCCUCCUGUGGUUUCUCGCGCUAUACCUCAUGCUCAAACUUCUCCUACUUCAGAUCCAACGCCGAUAGAGAGUCCAUAUCAGCCUUCAUCUCUAUCUCCAUCUCCCGCCCAGAGCCGGCAGUCCAGUCCACGUCCAAACCCCCGGACUCCAAAUGGAAUUUUCCCUUUCUGCGGAACAGUUCAGAUCCCCGACGGCACCUGGGGAGAGAUCGAUUGGAUCAAGCGUGAAGACUCUGCUUCAAUCCGUGAAAGUAGUCCUCGGUGUUUGAACAUCCAAGCCCAAGCGCCCUGGACAUCAACACUUAUACACAUACCCACGACAAAGUCUCACAGUUCCAGCUAG